AUGGCCUGCCUGUGCGUUUGCGAGCUGCACUGCAAAGUGGACAAAAAUAAAAUUUACUUCGCUGUCGGUCUCGGCUGCGCCCUCCUCUUUCUCAUUCUCGCCUUGGCGUUAUCAAGUUGGCGUUGUGGUACCGUGCUGGACACCUGCCUAAAUGGAGAAUCCAAGGAAUCCUAUAGGACGGUGGGGGCCCUCCUGUUCUGUGCCAUCUUAGUAAACCUCGUUGCCUUCACAAUUGUCAUCGUCGGUUGCAUGACCUCAUUUUAUUGGACCACGCCAGUCGCCCUAGGACUGACCUGGAUUGGAGGCAUCCUCGCCUUGGCUGGAAUUGCAUUCUACUUUGAUAAGUUGGAUCCAACCUACUCUCCCCUCCUGGCUGUCGUCGGAAUGUCCUUCACGUGGGCCAUAGCGAUCACCAUAAGUAUUACAAUGAUACAUGAACGAGUAUUUUAA